AAAAAAAAACGAAAUAAAAACUGAAGCUUUUUAAUAAUUAACUGGCUCUCCAUUAACGAGUCUUCGUCAAAAGCUCCGCAGGAACCUUCUCUGAAGCAUCUCCGAUACGUCAUCCCUAAAUUGGAAGCCCUACUAAACCAUUUUCUACAAUCUCCUGACUGGAGGCUUUCCAAACAAAAUAGAAGCUAAGGUCUUGACUUUAUUUUACUAUAAGUUUGAAGUUGUGAGAUGGCAGAGAAAGCAUGUGUUAAGCGUCUUCAGAAAGAAUAUAGAGCACUCUGUAAAGAACCAGUCUCCCAUGUGGUUGCAAGCCCAUCCCCAAAUGACAUUCUUGAGUGGCAUUAUGUCUUGGAGGGAAGUGAAGGGACACCUUUUGCAGGUGGAUACUAUUAUGGAAAGAUCAAAUUCCCCCCAGAGUAUCCAUAUAAACCUCCUGGAAUCACCAUGAUCACUCCCAGUGGAAGGUUCAUGACACAAAAGAAAAUCUGCUUAUCUAUGAGUGACUUUCAUCCAGAGAGUUGGAACCCUAUGUGGUCUGUAUCAAGCAUACUCACAGGGCUUCUCUCAUUCAUGAUGGAAACUAGUCCUACCACUGGCAGUGUGAAUUCAACCCCUGAUGAGAAGCGACGACUAGCAAAAGCAUCUCUUGCUUUCAAUUGUAAGAAUGCGACAUUCAGGAAAAUGUUUCCAGAAUAUGUGGAGAAGUAUAACCAGCAGCGGCUUGCAGAGCAGCAGGUUUUGGAGCAGGUGCUGCCAGAUGCACCUCACGAAGAAAAUUCCCAACCAAAGGUUGAAAAAGUUGUUAAUUUGCCAAAGGACAUUAAAACUGUAGAUACUGUGAAGGACACGAGAAGAAACAGGAAGCAGACAUUGCCAACCUGGAUGAUGUUGCUUUUGGUUUCCAUCUUUGGCGUUGUAAUGGCAUUGCCUCUACUUCAACUUUGAUAUUUCUCGGUCAAUAAUUGGAAAGUCUAUAGGGGAUAGUAGACAUACAGGCUUUUGCUAGGCCAGAAAAAAUCCUUUGUGCUUCUUAGUGUUUUGGUGAACUUAAGCAUAACUUCUGUAUAGUGAUUUGCACCAAGGAGGCUCAAUUGGAUUUCUCCUUUAAUGUUGGCGUUGGUAGUUGAGCAAUGUUCCAACAUGUUUGCUGAUGUUAUCCUAUAUUUUUGGUUAAA